UCCAUCCUCGAUGGUUCCUGGCGGCGGGAAGUGGCGUCAGGGGUGGGCGCCGCCGGAAGUGACGUCAGUGCGCAGCGGCGGAGGCGGCGGCGGAGGCCUGAGGCGGGAGCGGCGGUUGGAGCCGAGGGGACGGCGCCAUGUCCUCCACGUCACAGAAGCACCGGGACUUCGUGGCGGAGCCCAUGGGGGAGAAGCCGGUGGGGACGUUGGCCGGGAUCGGGGACGUGCUGGGCAGGAAGCUGGAGGAGAAGGGAUUCGACAAGGCCUACGUGGUGCUGGGGCAGUUCCUGGUGCUCCGCAAGGACGAGGAGCUGUUCCGGGAGUGGCUGAAGGAAACGUGCGGAGCCAACGCCAAACAGAGCCGGGACUGCUCGGGCUGCCUGAGGGAGUGGUGUGACGCCUUCCUCUGAGCCCCCCACCCGGCCAAGGGCACCCCUCACACCCCCCCCGGGCACCCCAAAAUCCCCCCCAGCUUCCCCUGGCACCCCAAACCCUCCCCCCGGCCCCACAAACCUCCCCAAAGGCACCUCCAGAACUCUACCCGGCCAAUUCCGGCCGCCGGACACACCCAGGGCCAGUGGGAGCCCCUCAGAGGGGCUGGGGGCUCUUCUGAGUACCCCAAAACCAUCUGUGGGGACCCCCAAAACCCCUCUGGGUAACCCAAAACCCCCCCCUGCACCCCAAAAGUCACCCCUGGCACCCCAAACCCCUCCCCAACCCAUCUGCAGAACUCCCAGGGAACUCCAACUGCCGGA